GGACUCAUUUUUGUCUUGCUUGGGAAGAUGUCCAGAUUUUUUUCCCAAAGCUAGAUGGUGAACACAACAUUGCAGCCACAUAAGGCUAGCUAGAUACAUGUGAUUCUGUAAUUACAAACUAUCUUAGAUAGUAAGCUAUGACGCUGCUGAUUGACUAGCUAGCAAGUUCAUUUUUUGGGGAUCAUUUGGAAUACCAUGCCAUCUUCGAUGGAAGGCUCUUCUAAGGAAGAUGAUCUGUUUACUGUAAAACAUGAGCUGAAAAAUGCCAACCUGACUGGCCAUGUUGAAAGGGUGGGCAUGGAGAACUUCGAGCUGCUGAAGGUGCUGGGUACUGGUGCCUAUGGCAAGGUGUUCCUGGUGCGUAAAGUGAGUGGUCACGAUGCAGGGAAACUGUAUGCCAUGAAGGUGCUGAAGAAGGCCACAAUAGUACAGAAGGCCAAGACAGCAGAACACACACGCACAGAGAGACAGGUUCUGGAGCACAUCAGGCAGUCGCCGUUCCUCGUCACCCUCCACUAUGCCUUCCAGACAGACACCAAGCUGCACCUCAUACUGGAUUAUGUGAAUGGUGGGGAGCUUUUCACACACCUGGUGCAGAGGGUUCGCUUCACAGAACAGGAGGUGGCUCUGUACAGUGGAGAGAUAGUUCUGGCCCUGGAGCACCUACACCAGCUCGGGAUAGUCUACAGAGACCUGAAGCUAGAAAAUAUCCUCAUGGACUCCUGUGGUCACAUAGUGCUCACAGACUUUGGCCUCAGCAAGGAGUUUGAUGAGGCAGAGAGGGCUUACUCUAUCUGUGGCACCAUAGAGUACAUGGCUCCAGAGAUCGUAGAGGGAGGAGCGGCUGGCCAUGACAUGGCAGUAGACUGGUGGAGCCUCGGGGUGUUGAUGUACGAACUUAUGACGGGUGGUUCACCAUUCACCGUCGAUGGAGACCAGAACUCCCACACAGAUAUCGCCAAGAGGAUCUCUAAGAAGGAUCCCCCAUUCCCAAAAGACAUGGGCUCUCUCGCCAAAGACCUAAUCCAGCGCCUGCUCAUCAAAGACCCAAAGAAGAGACUGGGCUCUGGGCCUGAUGGAGCUGACAAUGUCAAGAAACAUCCAUUCUACCAGAAGCUCAACUGGGAGGACCUGGCAGCCAAGAGGGUGCCUGCCCCGUUCAAGCCGGUGAUCAGGGAUGAGCUGGAUGUCAGCAACUUUGCGGAGGAGUUCACAGAGAUGGACCCGACCUACUCCCCUGCCGCUCUUCCUCAGAACUGUGACCGCAUCUUUCAGGGCUACUCGUUCAUGGCCCCCUCCAUCCUGUUCAAGAGGAACGCCGUGAUGGAUGACCCGUUACAGCUAUAUAGGGGUUCUGGAUCACAGAGACCAGGGUCGGCCGCUGUGGCCAGCUGUGCCAUGAUGAAGGACUCUACAUUCUAUAUGAACUAUGAGAUGGACCUGAAAGACAAUGCUUUGGGGGAGGGCAGCUUCUCCAUCUGUAGGCAGUGCAUCCACAAGAAGACAGGGCAGAAGUAUGCUGUGAAGAUAGUCAGCAAGAGGAUGGAGGCCCAGACCCAGAAAGAGAUUGCAGCUCUGAAGCUCUGUGACGGCCACCCCAACAUUGUGAAGUGUCAUGAGAUCUACCAUGACCAGCUGCAUACCUACCUGGUGCUGGAGCUGCUUGGCGGCGGGGAGCUGCUGGAGAGGAUUCGGAGGAAGCAGCACUUCAGUGAGACUGAGGCCAGCCGCAUCAUGAGGAGACUGGUAUCUGCUGUCAGCCACAUGCACGAUGUCGGAGUGGUGCACAGGGACCUCAAGCCAGAGAACCUGCUUUUCACAGACGAGAGUGAGAACUCCGAGAUUAAGAUCAUAGACUUUGGUUUUGCCCGGCUGAAGCCCCCAGACAACCAGCUGCUGAAGACGCCGUGUUUCACCCUGGCCUACGCCGCGCCGGAGAUCCUCAAAUAUGACGGCUACGACGAGUCCUGUGACCUAUGGAGCCUUGGGGUUAUCCUGUACACCAUGCUGUCGGGCCAAGUGCCAUUUCAGUGCCAGGGGAAGAGUUUAACCCACACUAGCGCAGAGGAGAUCAUGAAGAAGAUCAAACAGGGGGACUUCUCCUUUGAAGGAGAGGCCUGGCGGAGUGUUUCACAGCAGGCCAAGGACCUUAUACAAGAGCUUCUGACCGUGGACCCUGACAAGCGGAUCAAGAUGUGUGGUCUGAGGUACAACGCCUGGCUCCAAGAUGACAGCCAGCUUUCUUCCAACCCGCUGAUGACACCUGACAUCCUGGGUUCUUCCACCACUGUGUCUGUACACACCUAUGUCAAGGCUACAUUCAAUGCAUUCAACAAGUGUAAGAGGGAGGGUUUCCGUCUGCAGACUGUGGACAAGGCCCCGCUGGCCAAGAGGAGGAAGAUGAAGAAGACGAGCACCAGCACAGAGACCAGGAGCAGCUCAGGGGAGAGCAGCCACUCCUCUUCCUCCUCUUCCCAGUCCCACCAGGACGUCCAGUCCUCCUGCCUCCAGGAGCAGACAGGGUUAGACGUCCACCCUCCACUGCAGCCCUCCUCCAGCCCUGCCCCCACCCCGCUGGCCCUGGGCUCAGACAGCGAGCGAGCUCCGGAGCCUCCUCAGCUUCCAGCUUUCAGCUUCUCAGAGUGACAGGCGGCCGGCGUAUUAUAGGCCGUGGGUCAGAGCAAGACUUGCUCCACGUUGAUUUGUAGAUCAGUUUUUCUGUGCGGUCGAUCUCAAACAUGCACUGAGGGAGAGAGAGGGAGAGAGGAAGGGGGACGGGGUGCGAGUCCUGUCAGACCGAUAGAUGGACAGACCCUCUCUCUCCCUCUCCUCCUCCCAUGGCAGCUCGCAGUCAAUCCCCCUAUCAGUCAAAUGCAUGGACAAACAAGCGCACGCACUUCAAACCAAGCAUGCAGCAGAAGGACCCACCUCUCGAUCGUCACUAGCAAUAGACACACACACACACGUGAAAAGGGCUGCCCUACAAAUCGAGGGGCUGGACAGUGGAGAGACCCUCCUACAGCAUUGGUUCUUUGUUUCCCCAUGUCUGUCUGUCUGUCUGUCUGUGAGGUAAGUGAUAAUCCCUCUUGUGUGUGUUUGUUUACACGGUGGUGCAUUGCAUUUGCACAAGUACUGCAGCUUAUAAAAGGUUCAAAGAAGAGCACAUUUUGCAGUAUUUACAUACGACAAUAACGCAGACUGAAAUGAUUGGAUUUGUCUUUAUUUCCUGUUAACUUAUUGAGCGUUCAGAAGUUUUAGCGAUGCUUAGUCCUAGGACCUGUGGAGCCCUUGAUCUAGAACUGUUGGGAACAUUUCGAUUGCAGGUUGAUGUAUUGUCACAGGAAACAGUAGACAUUCAUUACUGCUUUAUUUUCUCAACAAGAUUCUAAUUCAGCUGCCUGUUGACCUGCUGGCGUCAGUGAGCUUUUGUGUAUUGGGUUUUCAUCCAACACGUGUGGGCUCUGAAUGGUGUGCCUUCAACCGUAUAAUGAAAUUGUCAUCAGAUCAUUGAAGAUGCAUGUUUCACCCCAGGGCCACCGUGGUUCCCCAGCUAUUCUGUGUGCGUCCCCCCCAUAGCACUCACACCAUUCUUCAGGCAGUAGCUAGAAAACAGUAGGUCGAUUUGAUUGGAGGUUAGAGAUCCUUAUAUACGUCAAUGUUUCUUCAAUGAGGCUAAGGUGUUAUUGUGCCAAAAAACCUCUGUAUUUUCUACAUAAGCCUCGCUCCCUUGUGUAUGCGACAGACUACUGCGAACAGUGGUCUGGUGGUGUUGUUUUUUCUUCCCUCCCAAAACGUGGGUUAAUCUCUUAUUAUCUUUCGUGCUGUUUGUCGCUGUCGUUCUCUCUGCACGUCAGCGUCUGUGAUGGUGUUUGGUUCCAGGUUUCAGCACUCCCACUCUGUGGACCUCUGGUCCUGUCGGUUUGCUGAGAGCCCUUCUCUACUUGAUUUUCCUCCUCUGCUUCCGCCUGAAAGCGUUCCAUAUUUAGAUACAAAGCUUUUUAUGAACUUGGGAACGAACACUUGUAGUUACUGUGAGAUCUUUGGGAGUUGUUUUCUUUCUGUUCAAGUAUGCAAACAAGUUUGUCGACGUGACUAGUGAUAGUUAAUGUCUCAGUGUCCAGAUGUGGGGCGUUUGUUUUUUAGACUACACAGCAGUGGGAGUGUUCGGUUAACUUUUUCAGUAGAGGGCUUCAUAUGAACCCUGUUCAAGCUGAAACUAUGCAUGAUAUUAUCGCUCUAUCAUUAAUUUCAUGCUGUCCACUCUAAAAAAGGUCAGAGCCUUUAGCUUGAUAUGUUAACAGGGAACACUGUCUACAGACAAACACACCAACCGCCAACAACAUUACUUUUUCACUUCUCACUUCCAUGGACUGCAAAGGCUGAACCCUUGAAGCUAAACAGUACAAAGCUCUUCUGCGCCUGACUGAUUCCCCCCUCGCUGCUCGUCUCCUGCCUCAGUGAAGCCCGAGUCUUUUGUUUGGGUCUAUUUAUAGACUAGAACACCGCCCCAGAGAGGAAGCAGGGGAUGACAGGAGGAGGGGGGCAGGGAGAGGAGGAAUGGAGAAGAUGGGGAGGGAGGGGCAAAGGGGAGGAGAUGAGGAGUCAGAACACAGCCGCAGAGGAGGGUGCAGGGGACAGGAAGCGAGGGAGAGGAGGAGGGGAAGAAGGGAUGUGUUCUAUAUUGAAGUCCCCGCUGGGAGCUGGGAGUCUAGUGUGAUGUACAGUAUAUGUGCUCUGUUCCAGAAAGAAAACGCUCAACUCUGCAUCGCUCUUUCCUGUUGUUUUAGGUCAGACUCGUUUUAAAGAACGUUUUUGUGCCGCUCGUUGAGCUGCAAUGUGCAUCCUCAGUUGUAGAAGGCUGUUUUAAUCCAAACCAACCUCGCUUGGCUGGUUCCGGUAACCUGUAGCCAGGUGUCCUAUGCAUGGUCAGACCUGAGUGCUAAUGAGCCAUUGGUCCAUGGGCUCUGUUCUCCUUUCUCCCUCCACAUCCAAUUUUACUGAUUGUGGAGAUGCAUCCCACACAUUUUCUGGGGUGUGGUUUUCUGGAACUUGUCUUUGUGAAUAGUACCGUACCACUCUUCGAAACGCCUAAAUAUCCAAGUUUUUAACAUGCAAAUCAGCUUUAAUAUCAACCUUUGCACUUUUGAUUAAUCUUUUUUUUGCCCUUGUGAUUAUUCUUUGUUGUUUUUUUUGAUAGAGGUUCAACAGAUCUCUGAGUAGACCAGGGAUUUCCUGACCCUCUCCUCUGGCCCACAGAUGUUUUACUUUUUUUAAUGUAACCCUAAACUGGCAUACCUUAAUCAAUUAGUCAAGUGCUUGACAUUUAGUUGAGUAAUUGAAUUAGGUGUGCCACGUUAAUUCUUAGCUUAUAAAUAGAGCUGACCAGCCCUAUUUGCUGACCAGCCCUUUUUGGGUGGAUAACAAUUUUGGGACAAAUCUCAAAGUAAACCUGAAACCGCUUUUCUCUUGUCAUGCUGCCACAGGCUCAGUCAUCUUUUUGCAUCACUGAUAUGUAAAAAGACUAUUUGUAGGUUCUGUGAAGACUGACGAUGAGACCCUUGUCCCUUGCUAGCCAACUUCUGCUUAUUUAAUCACGUCAAAUAAAUGAAACAAAUGAGAGUGGUUGCUGCUUUGCUGUUUGUUAAACAUUUUCUUUUGGCAUUUACUUGGAUGUAUCCGUGACUACUAUCAUGUUGAUGUGUGAAUGAAAGUAUCUCGACUACACAGCGCCCACCGACUAAAGAGUGGAAAUAGGUUCACUGAGACGCUUGUUGAGCGGCCUCUUUAGGCAACCAUCCAAAAAAUGCAGAAGAACCACUGUAAAUGAGCAGAUGUGUUCGUUCCUUCUAUGCAAAUUAUAUUAGCGAUGUAUCUGUGGAAUAAAGAGCUGUUGGAGGGGGUUAGGAAACCCUGUUGUAGCUUGAGGUUCACGGUAGGUCGUUUCCCUCAAUUUGGAAUGGGUCUAACCAUACAUCUAAAGAAUGACAUUACUGCUUAAUCUUUUAGUUACUACAACGACACAUGUAGCCUAGCCGUCACUGUGAAAACCAUGUGUUUGGUCCAUUGACAUGCAUGGUGUGGUCACUGUGAACAACAUGUGUUUGGUCCAUUGACAUGCAUGGUGUGGUCACUGUGAACAACAUGUGUUUGGUCCAUUGACAUGCAUGGUGUGGUCACUUUGAACAACAUGUUUGGUCCAUUGAUGUGUAUGGUGUGGUCACUGUGAAAACUGUGUUUUUGGUCCAUUGAUAUGCAUGGUGUGUCAGUGUGAACACCAUGUUUUUGGUCCUUUGAUGUGCAUGGUGUGUCAGUGUGAACACCAUGUUUUUGGUCCUUUGAUGUGCAUGGUGUGGUGAGUGUAAACAACCCCAUGAUCAUCUCUGAGAUAAGGCAUUAAUUUAUGAACUAAAUCACAUAACUGUCUUUUUGCCAUGAGAAACCGAUCUCUGUAUGUUUCCAUGUAACAUUAUGAUUGGAAUGUGAGCUAUUUUUUCCUGUCUGUCCAAUCCGAUUUUUCUCCUGUUAAGUGAUUCAUUGUGAAUGCAUCCUUACUUGGAAAAUACUUGGUUUUACUGAGAUGUGUAGUUUGUGUUUUUGUUUGAAUGGCAGUUUCUUAGUUAUUUGUCUAAUUCUAAUGUCAAGGACAAGGGACCUUUUUGUUUUUAUACUUCAUAAAUAAGGAAUCAUGCUCAUUGCUUUGAAUAACUUUAUGGAAUAAAUGUAUUUAUUUUUUAUUUAUUUUUGUGUAUGAAAUGAAAAGGCAAUUCAUUUUUGUAUUUUUAUUUUAAAGUAAAUAAAAAAUAUAAUUUAUGUAAAAUGGAAAGAUCAUUAAUGGACAUUGUUUCUCAUCAGAGGCGCUGUGGUUUGAUUAAUAUUUCCAAGGGCAGCCAAAAGAGGGCAGUGUUGACCAGCUCCUGGCUCCGCUGAACCCGUGCUGAAGGACAGCCAUUCAUAGAGAUCCUAUUUAAUUCUAUGUUGACAGCCCUGAACCUAACCCUCUUCUCUGUAGCUCAUUUGCCACUCACUGUGCAACAUUAUUAGCUACUAUAUAUUGAACAUUUAACCUUAGAAAAAAUGAUUUUUGAAAACAUUUAUGGAAUAUGUUAUUUCUUUACCAUACUGUUAUGGGGGAGGGCAGGGUGUCUAGCUGGGCUAGAAAUUUAAGGUUAUUUAAGAUGGAAUCAUAGUAGUUAGGUGUUAUGUGCAAAACAAUAAAUAAUGAACCAAAAUUACAGUUGUAUUUUCUGGGGGUUUGUGUCCUAAUGCUGUAAAUACUGUAAGUACGCUAAGCCAUAUGAUUCUAAACGGUAUAUUUAAAUAUAUACAGUACCACUCUAAAGUUUGGACACCUACAAUUGAAACAUUUUAAAUUCCGCAAAUUAACCUUUAACAAUGCACAACUGUUUAUUAAAAUGCCUUCCAGGUUACUACCUCUCGAGGCGGGUUAAGAGAAUGCCAAGAGUGUGCAAAGCGGUCAUCAAGGGCGGCUACUUUGAAUUAUCUACAAUAUGAAAUGUAUUUUGAACUAUUAAAUACUUUUUGGUAUCUACAUGAUUCCCUUCCAUAAUUUUGAUGUCUUCAAUGUUAUUCUACGAUGUGGAAAAUAGUCAAACUAAAAAAAUACCCUUGUAUGAGUAGAUGUGUCCAAACUUUUGACUGGUACUGUAUGUAUCAGUCAACUGCACCUAUAAUGCAGUGGGUUGUCGUGAAUUGGGAUAUUUACCGAUGGGAAAUUACAUUGAGUAUUCAUAAGAAAUGUAUUUCUUUUUUUAAAGCAGUGUUUCAAAAUAUUAAUUUCAUGAUGUUCUUUUUAAUGUAUUGUGUGUGUUUGUAUGGGAAAUAAGGCGAAUGUCUUUGUUUAUGAGCCUUGUAUUGGAUGGUUUUGGGUGGAAAUGAGUUGAAUCAACUCCCAUUUUAUCAGAGGAACAGUGGAAAGGGGACUGUUCAGUUUUGGAAAUAAACCCUGCUGGUAUUGGUUGUUUGUGUUUGCAGAUUUAGCUUGUCAGGUGGUUUGUUUUACUAUCUGUGUAAAAAAAAAAAAAAAAAGUUAAGGGCUUUAAGGUUUUGGAAUCAUUUAUAGAGAAAAAAAUAUAAUGCUGAUAUUUGUUUGUCACGUUAAAUAAAGUUUGUAAGUUCACAAAGU